AUGAGACAAUUAACAAGAGAUAUAUGGCCAGCAUUAAUGCGAACAAAAAGUCCUGGACAUAAAAAAAUCUCAGACAUGAACACUGACAGUCUGAUCCAGUCUGUUAAAUAUGAUACACAAAGGUCUGAUUACCCCACUCAUCAAGGUCUAAUGUUAUCUUCUCAUAUAGAUUACGUUUGGUCUUCAGUCGACAUCAUCUCAAACUUCAUAGAUUGUAAAACAGUUCAACUAGCAUCUACUUUAACUAAUCACUCUAUAGUCAUCCUUUAUGUCGAAAACUUCUUGGAGGUUAAAAAUAAUAAAAGGAAUAUUCUUUUGAAAAAGGUCUAUGACUAUGACAAAAUGAUUGAGGAUAAAUGUUAG